UGAAAGGGCUGAGCUGUGGGGCGGGGGAUUCACGUGAGGCAAGAUGGCUGCUUUUCCUUGGCAUGCAAGACCAAGGAACUACGCACGUGAAUUGGAGGCAUGUAGGCUGGAAGCUGUGUCUGUGGAGUUUGGAGACUACCAUCCACUCAAACCCAUUACAGUCACUGAAUCUAAGACAAAGAAACUGGGCCGUAAAGGGAGUACUUCCUCUACGUCUUCCUCCUCCUCCAGUUCAAUGCUAGAUCCUCUGAGCAGUGUGUUGGAUGGCACAGAUCCUUUGUCCAUGUUUGCAGCAACUGCAGAUCCAGUCCUCACUGCAACUCUGGAGAAUGCCAGAAAGAAGCGCGAUAAAGAAGAGAGCUUGACCGUAGGAAGCGACUUUGAGCCGUGGUCGAGCAAACGGGGCGAAAUCCUUGCUCGGUACACCACAAAUGAAAAGCUCUCCAUUAAUUUGUACAUGGGAACUGAAAAAGGAAAGGCGUCCACUCCGGGAUCAGCAGUUUCCGAGAAAGUACGGACAAGGCUGGAAGAGCUGGAUGAUCUUGAAGAGGGAUCGCAAAAAGAGCUGUUAAACCUGACGCAGCAAGACUACACCAACCGGAUUGAGGAACUCAACCAAUCUUUGAAGGAUGCGUGGGCCUCGGAUCAAAAAGUUAAAGCUCUAAAAAUCGUUAUUCAGUGUUCGAAACUUCUUUCAGACACAACUGUGAUUCAGUUUUAUCCGAGUAAAUUUGUCUUGAUCACAGAUAUACUUGACACAUUUGGAAAGCUGGUGUAUGAAAGGAUCCUUUCAAUGUGUACUGACAAUCGCAACUCCUUACCAGAUAAUUUUACUCCUGAAAGUGUUAAUGAUACGGCCAAAGAGACCUGUUUAAACUGGUUCUUCAAGAUUGCUUCCAUCCGAGAACUCAUUCCCAGAUUUUAUGUGGAAGCAGCAAUGCUGAAGUGCAACAAAUUUCUUUCCAAAACGGGGAUUUCAGAAUGUCUCCCACGAUUGACUUCCAUGAUCCGAGGAAUUGGAGACCCUUUGGUUGCAGUCUAUGCUAGAGCAUAUCUUUGCCGGGUUGGGAUGGAAGUUGCUCCACAUCUGAAAGAGAGCCUAAACAAGAACUUUUUUGACUUCCUUCUGACCUUUAAACAAGUUCACGGGGAUACCGUCCAGAAUCAGCUGGUAGUGCAGCGUGUAGAGAUCCCGUUAUAUCUCACACUUUAUUCUCCUGCAAUAGAUUGGAUUCUACAGUGCAUUGCUUACCGGGCUGCAGAGGUUCUUCUGACUGAGAUGAUGGAGAGAUGCAAGAAGCUGGGCAACAACGCCUUGCUCUUGAAUUCAGUAAUGUCUGCCUUCAGAGCAGAGUUUAUUGCUACAAGGUCUAUGGAUUUUAUUGGGAUGAUUAAGGAGUGUGAUGAAUCUGGCUUCCCCAAGCAUCUUCUCUUUCGCUCUCUUGGCCGGAACCUGGCUUUAGCUGACCCGCCAGAAGGCGAUCGCCUUCAGAUCUUAAAUGAAGCCUGGAAGGUUAUUACGAAAUUGAAGAGCCCGCAGGAUUAUAUCAACUGUGCAGAAAUCUGGGUGGAAUAUACCUGUAGGCAUUUCACGAAGCGCGAGGUUAAUACGGUUUUAGCUGAUGUCAUCAAACACAUGACUCCAGACCGGGCGUUUGAAGAAGCCUAUCCACAGCUCCAGUCAAUAAUUCAGAAAGUCAUCACCUAUUUCCAUGACUUCGCCAUUCUCUUUUCAUUGGAGAAAUUCUUGCCGUUCUUGGAUAUGUUCCAGAAGGAAAGUGUGAGAGUGGAGGUUUGUAAGUGCAUCAUGGAAGCUUUUAUUAAGCACCAGGAGGAGACAACCAAGGACCCUGUCAUUCUCAACGCCCUUCUACACGUUUGCAAAACCAUGCACGAUUCGGUGAAUGCGCUGACACUAGAAGAUGAAAAGCGGAUGCUGGCCUCUUUGAUCAACGGGUUUUUAAGAAUGGUUUCGUUUGGCCGUGACUUUGAGCAGCAGCUGAGUUUUUAUGUCGAAGCCAGAUCGAUGUUUUGCAAUUUGGAACCUGUUCUCGUCCAGCUGAUUCAUAGUGUGAACCAGCUGGCGAUGGAAACACGAAAAGUGAUGAAAGGGAAUCAUUCCAGAAAGACUGCUGCCUUUGUCAGGGCUUGCGUUGCCUUCUGCUUCAUCACGAUUCCAUCUUUGACGAGUAUCUUCACUCGUCUUAAUCUCUACCUGCACUCUGGACAGGUUGCUUUGGCGAAUCAGUGCCUUUCACAAGCGGAUGCCUUUUUCAAAGCAGCAAUAAGCCUCGUUCCUGAGGUCCCAAAGAUGAUCAACAUCGAUGGGAAAAUGCGGCCCUCUGAAGCCUUUCUUCUGGAAUUCCUCUGCAAUUUCUUUUCCACUUUGUUAAUCAUUCCGGACCAUCCUGAGCAAGGUGUGUUGUUCCUUGUGCGAGGAUUGCUAAAUGUCAUCCAGGACUACACUUGGGAGGAUAACAGUGACGAUAAAGUCCGGAUUUACACCAACGUCGUGCACCUUCUAUCGGCCAUGAGUCAGGAGACCUUCAUCUACCAUAUAGACAAAGUUGAAUCCAAUGAUACCUUGUAUGGCGGAGAUACCAAAUUCCUGGUGGAGAACAGCAAGCUGUGUGAAACGGUGAUAGCUCAAAUCCUGGAACAUCUCAAAAGUCUUGGAAAGGAUGAGACUUUAAAGCGUCAGAGCCAACUGGCCCUCUACUUUUUCAAUAGCAUCUUGGCCCACGGGGAUCUGCGAAACAACAAACUCAAUCAGCUUGCCGUCAAUUUGUGGAACCUGGCUCAGAAGCACGGCUUUGCAGACACAAAAACCAUGGUCAAAACCUUGGAAUACAUCAAGAGGCAAAGCAAAUACCACGAGCUCAGCCAUUUUACAGAGCUGGCACUACGACUUCCUCUGCAGUCGAGGACCUGAUGAAUGUCUGCCUGCUGGAAAGCAGUUCUCCAAGGCCUAUAAAAUACAGGCUCCAUCUCCGGCUAUUAUCGCCGUUCAAUAUCUUUUCAUUUUGAAGUGUCCCUCAGCGCAUGGCAGAUUUAUUUGGUCAGAGGCGGGAGGAAAACUGCCCUGACAAUGCGAGUCAUUUUUGAAAUGAGGUUUUGUUUCCCACUGCGCAGCCAUUAACCAUUAAAAGGGGACUUCAAUGCCAACGUCGGAUCAGUAAAAUGGGAUCUUACCAAUUUCAGACUGGAAAUAUUUUUUUAUAGAUAUACCCAGAUCUGAUGGAGCUGUGAAG